CAUUCCUACCAAAAUUCCUAAAUAUCACAUAUGUCAAAAAUCAAAAAGUUGUUUUAUUGUUUAGAAUACAAAAAUGUAUUAAAAGCAGCAAAAUUCUAGCUUUAGUUCUAAGUAAUGUGAUUGUAUAACGAGUAUUUGCUAUAUUUAUGUAAGCAAAAUCAUGUUUUGUAGAAAUUAGGGUGAAUUGUAAUUUUGUACAAGAUGGGAAUAAUGUAUGAGAAACGGCCUUUAAAAAGGCCUCGUCUGGGACCCCCUGAUGUAUAUCCGCAGGAACCACGUCAAAAAGAAGACGAACUUACAUCUACAAACGUUAAACAUGGUUUUUCCACCACACCACAAUCUAGUGAUGAAUUUGGUACCGCAAGGAAUUUUAAUUAUUCUGCCUCAAAGAUAGGACAAUUUUUCUCAAGCAUAAUAUCAAAGAAAGAAGAACUAAACACACUUCCUGACUGUGGCCGGAAGAGACAGCAAGUGAAUCCCAAAGAUAAUUUUUGGCCAGCCACUGCAAGGACCAAACCACAAAUAGAAACAUGGUUCAAGGACUUAGCAGGUAGCAAACCUUUAUCAAUAUUAGCAAAAAAGGCACCAAAUUUUAACAAGAAAGAAGAAAUAUUUAUGACACUGACAGAAUAUCAAGUGGCAAUGCCGAGAGCUGCAUGGUUUAUAAAGCUCAGUUCAGCGUACACAGUGGCAGUCUCGGAGGCUAAGAUAAAGAAGAGACAGUUACCUGAUCCUACUACAGAAUGGACUACUACACUUAUAAAGUUUCUAAAAGACCAAAUACCAAAGCUGGCGGAGCACUAUCAAAGUGCAGUGCCUACAAACCCAUUGGAAAAGACUCCACCAUCUCAGUCAGGUCAAGGAACACCUAGUCACAAUUCAUCUGGUAACCAGCCGGGUGGCACCACACCCAACUCGACUGUACCAAACUCUAUGCAUUCACCGGGAAACUCCAGUACUACAGGUAUGGGAGAAAGUACGGAUUGGCGACAGGCUUUGAAACUAUGGAACUACUGCUGUCGUCUCGCAAGGUACAUGCUGGACGAGGGUCUGCUGGACCGCCACGACUUCCUAACGUGGAUUAUAGAGCUGCUCGAUAAAAGAGGACCUGAAGAUGGCUUGUUGAGGUUGUUUCUACCAUUAGCACUGCAACAUAUGAGCGAGUUUGUCUGUUGCGAGGGUCUCUCUCGCCGGCUGGCCACCACCUGUGCCAAGAAGGCAGCGGCCAUUUGCUCUGUACUGUCUGACACCACACUACGAGCACUUAACCAACCUGCUGUGUUCACUAAGACUGCAGAUGGAAGUGAUAAAGUUAAUGGUGUACCAAUGUCACCAGCACCGGAAAACACAAAUGCAGAUGUAAAGCCGAAUGUCAAUCAAUUAAAGCGUUCAGCAACUCCCGCAGAAAGUCAAGGCACUCCGAACCCCAACCAUUCUAUAGGAACACCAAAUCCAAACCAUUCCAUUGGUACUCCUAUACCAAUGGGUACACCGAACCCAUCACAACCUAUGGAUGUACAAGUAAAAGAAGAAAGAGGAUCACCACCCAGAGAUGUAAAGACUACCCUAAACACUGUAAUAACUGCAGCCUUAAAUCCUGUACAAAUGGGAUUCAGUGAAAUAUUAAACUGCGCAUAUCAUAGAGAUAUAAUUAUACAGUUAGCUACAGUAUUACAGAUAAUCUGCAUAGAAUGUCCAACAGCUAUGGUGUGGUCAGGCUGCGGCUCUUCAAUGCAGGGCUCCCCCCUCGACCUCCUACCUUUACCACCAUCAGCCUUACCCAUGCCUCAUAUGGACUCCGAUGUUACUGAACAUCACAGGAAGUUGGUGUAUGAAGCAGAACAAGAAAUAGCAGCGAGGAGUAAAAAAGCUGAAAGCAAAUGGUGCACUGAUAAAUGGCAAACAAGUUCACAAGCACGUGUUUUAGCAGUGUUGGAAGCGUUAGACAGACAUUGUUUCGACCGGGUGGACCCCAACAAUAACCUUGAUACAUUGUACAAAGAAGUGUUUGCAAACUGCACGCCUCCGUCUAGUAAAGAUUCAUCCACGGAUACUAAAGAUCCUGAGUGGGCGUGUUCGUACGCUGUGGUGCGCGUGCUGUGCGAGUGGGCGGUGUGCGGCGCGCGCUGGGGCGAGCACCGCGCCAUGGCCGCCGCCGCGCUGCUCGACCGCCGCCAGCAGCUGCUGCAUCUGCACCACGACCAUCACGCCACAGGUUCAGACGAUAAAGAAUCUAUAAGCUCCGGUACAGGACUGUACAAUGGACCACCAAUCUUUCAGAAUCUCCUUCUAAGAUUUCUGGACAAUGAUGCACCGAUGUUAGACGAGAGUCCAAAUGCUCCUCCGGGCAACCGUCAACAAUUUGCCAACUUGGUCCAUCUCUUUGGUGAACUCAUACGCAGAGAUGUUUUCUCACAUGACGCAUAUAUGUGCACACUAAUAUCUAGAGGGGAUCUAAUAUCUCCUACGGAGCCGACGUCGAGUGGUGGCACUAGCGGACACACGGUGGCGCCACCUGUCAACAGUACGGGCACCAAUCACAACAUGGACGAUGAUAUCUUUGCCAGUAUUGAUCUCAAACCAAAAAUGGAGGAAAAUGUACGAAUGGAGGACGAUUCAAAAAUCGAUGAUGACCUUGAUAAAUUAUUACAACAUAUAAAAGAGGAUCAGCAGAAUUCAAUGGAUGCACCCGACAGCCCUAAAGAUCCCGGUGAACCUGUUCACAGUUUAAACUCUCCAAUGAUGGGUCCGAGUGGCAUGGGUAUCGCCAACAUGCAGAGUAUAGGAAUGGGGCCAAUGUCUGUACCAGGUAUCCGCAGCAGCAGCGCGUGCGGCGGGGUGGGGGGAGUGGGCGGUGUGGGUGCGGGGGGCGCCAGCAGCGCUCCGGUGUCUCGGCACUACCACUACACGAUGCACUUCCCGCUGCCGCCCGCCGAGCCGGAGCACACGCCGCACGACGCCAACCAGCGACACAUUCUGCUCUAUGGCGUCGGCCGCCAGCGAGACGACGCCAAGCACGCCGUCAAGAAGAUGACCAAAGAAAUCUGCAAGUUAUUUUCAAAGAAAUUCUCAAUUGACGUCGCUGAAGGUGGCAAGAUAAAGAAGCAUUCGAGAAGUGAAUUUAACUUUGAGGCUGUAACGCAAAAGUUUCAGGCGAUGUCAAUGUACGAGCAAGGGGCGGUGUCGUGGGCGGUGGGCGGGGCGGUAUGUGAGGCGCUGGCCGCGUACGCUGCAGGCGCCACCACCUACCUGCCGCAGCCCGAGCACGUCGCCUUCGCUCUAGAUCUCAUGGAGAUCGCGCUCAACGUGCACGGGCUUAUAGAAACAUGUAUACAGGUAUUAAAGGAACUGUCUGAAGUAGAAGGCGCGUUGAUAACACGCGGCGCGCCCAGCAGCGGGCUGGCGGCGCCUCGGGCGUACACUUCUGCGCUGGCGCUCUGCACAGUCGGCGCGCUCAGGCGUUACCACUCCUGUUUACUACUGUGCGUGGAGCAGACGUCAGCGGUGUUCGAGCAGCUGUGCCGGCUGGUGAAGUGCGUGGUGAACCCCGGCGACUGCGGCUCGGCGGAGCGCUGCGUGCUGGCCCAGCUGCACGACCUCUACAAGGCCGCCGCCCAUCUCUGCCACGCCCCCUACGCUGAUACCUUCGCUAAUGCCUACCCUAAAAUCAAGCAAGCACUUUACUCUCCGGUGCAACCUAUACCCGCCAAGUAUAAAUACGAUCCGGAGUUCUUAAGCGAGUUCUUUAUGAAUCCCCGGAAAGGUAAAAUAGAAAUCGCGUGGGCGCGUCAGGUAGCCGAGUCCCCGGCUAACAGAUACAACUUCGUGUGUUCGGCGAUGUUGGCAGUCUGUCGGGAAGUGGAUAAUGAUCGUGUGAACGAGCUGGGCGUGGUGUGUGCGGAGAUGACGGCGUGGUGCAGUGCGUUGGCGCCAGAGUGGCUGGGCGCGUUGGUGGCUCUGUGCGGCGCGCAGCACUACCCCGCCCCCAAGCCGCAAGUGCCGCAGUGCGCCUCCCCGCAGCCCAACAGGCCGUGCUCCCCCCCGCCACCGCCGCCCCUCUACCCCGACCUGCUGUGCCACCGCGACCUACACGACGCCGCCGCACACGACGCGCUCGCCGUCUUCACCUGUAUACUUGUCGCCCGUCACUGCUUCUCGCUGGAGGACUUCGUGCGGCACGCGGCGCUGCCGUCGCUAGUGAAGGCGUGCGGAGGGGGCGGGGCCAAUAACCCGCCCAACGCCCCCUCGCCUGAGACCAGCGCGCGCCUCACCUGCCAUCUCCUGCUCAGGCUGUUUAAAACCGUUGAUACACCACAACCCGGUCUGUACAGCGUGUCCACGUCGCCGGGUCCGGGGGGCGGGGCGGCGGGCGUGCGGCUGUCCUGCGACCGUCACCUGCUGGCCGCCGCGCACAAGAACAUCGGCGUCGGGCCAGUGCUCGCCACGCUCAAGGCCAUACUCAUGGUAAGCGAUUUAUCUGCUCGAGAUGGCGGCAAACCGAGCGGCAAGAAGUCCAGCGAGCUCUCCCACAUCCUGGGCACCAGCGAUACCGUGCCCACGGAUGCUCAGCUUGAUCUAAUGUCGAUGGUAGAAUCAGAGAUGAGUGGGGGCCAUAGAACUCCUAGGGGUAGCGGGGGAGUUGGUUCAACGCUGCUCGACUCCUCGCAGUCCCUGUCGUCUCUCGCGCGGCGCAUGCUCACCGAGAUCUGCUGCGAGGAGUGGGUGCUGCAGAAAUGCCUGCAGAACCCUGACGAACUCUACCUGCCUGAUAUGCUAUUGGAUUCCAUGCUUACACCGAGACAGGCACAAAGAUUGCUGCACAUGAUAUGUUAUCCAGAUACGGCCAGUCAUACUCAUCCAGAUCUAGAUCAGAAGACUAUGAUCACGCGAUUAUUAGAGAACCUGGAGCAGUGGUCGUUGCGAAUGUCGUGGCUGGACUUGCAACUGAUGUUCAACCAAUUCCCGCCUAACUCGCCGGAGCUGAGCGCGUGGCUGGACACUGUAGCCCGCGCUGUCAUCAACGUGUUCCAGCAGCCGGCACCACCGCCCCCAGACAAGGACAGAACGGGUACGGACAGGGGCGUGGUCAGUACGAGCAAGUGGUCGGAGUCCGUGUGGUUGGUGGCGCCACUGGUAGCUAAAUUACCUGCCGCUGUACAAGGAAGAGUGUUGAAGCAAGCUGGACAGAUAUUGGAGAGUGGGUGGGGUGCGGGCUGCAGCGGCGGCUGCGCAGGCGGUGGAGGCAGUGGCUCGCAUCGGGAUUGCAAGAGCCAUCAGAGUCCUAGCUACAAAGGUUCUGCUGGAGGCGGUGGAGGCGGGAAGCGCGGUGUGAGCGGUAUGUCGGGCUCGGGGUGCGCGUGCGGAGGUGCGGCUGCAGUUCGUCUCGCCAACGAGCCGCUGCUCUCGCUCGUCCUCACGUGCCUCAGAAAUCAGGAUGAUCAAAAGGAGAGCCUGCUGAGCUCUAUCCACGCGCAGCUGGCGCACUACCUGGGACGUGCGCGCGAGCAGGAGCGCGCGGCGUGCGGGGACGCGCACGACGAGGUGCCCGCGGACGCGCUGCUGCUGCGCUUCUCACUCGCCGGCGGCAUGUUCGAUGCCAUCCGCCGCUCCUACCAGCUCACCUCCGACUGGGCAGUGCUUCUCACACAGCUACUCGCCCACCAAGUCCUAGAUGCCUACAAUAACACGUUAUGCCGCAGCAAUCUGUUCACGACACUAAUCGAUAUGCUGGCAACACUGAUCCACUCUACAUUGGCGGAGGGCGGCGACGACAACAACAGGAAGCACUACCAAAACCUCAUGAAGAAGCUCAAGAAGGAGAUCGGCGACCGGCAUGGACCCUCAGUACAGAGUGUCCGCCAGCUACUUCCACUCUCCAAGAAUACUAUCAUCGAGGUGAUCGCUUGCGAACCUUUGGGUUGUUUGGUGGAUCAAAAGGGAAACAAAAUAUCAGGAUUCGACAGUGAUAAAAAACAGGGUCUUCGGCUAACAGACAAACAGCGGGUGUCCAGCUGGGAGUUGGUGGAGGGUGGCAGAAACCCAGCACCGCUGUCCUGGGCCUGGUUUGCUGCCACCAAGAUAGAAAGGAAACCGCUUACUUAUGAAAAUGCUCACAGGUUACUAAAAUAUCAUACACAUAGUCUCGUCCAACCACAGAGUUAUUAUUUGGAAUCGAUACCAUUGCCGCCUGAAGAUUUGGAAACUAAUGACAAUAAACAGGAUAACGGAAGCCUAGACUCGAGUCCGACAGGAGCUGGCAAAGGACGCAAGAUGCCUUGCAAAAAUAAUAAAGCCAAGAAACCUAAAGUGGCUACUCCCACGAACGUGGGCGGUGGUGUGGGAGUGGGUGGUGGCGUGGGUCUGGCUGCGCCGGCGCAGCAACCGCAGUUCAUACAAUCGCAGCAGCAGUGGUUCCCGCCGCCAGGAGCCACGUAUUAUAACCCACCUGCUGCUGGUGUGAGUCCGCGCUCGGUGACGCAGGCCUCGACGACGCAGUGCAAGCAGGCGCUCAGCAAUAUGCUGCGACAGCGCGUACCCUUCAACCAGAUGACGCAGAUGCAGCAGAAUACUGGGUACCCGGGUGCACCGCACCCGCGCGCUCCCUUCCCCCGGCAGGGCAUGCGACAGAUGCAACCCAAUCAGAUGUCGCAGAUGCAACCCAAUCAAAUGAAUCCCAUGAGUGCUAUGGGCAACAUGGGUCCGAUGGGACAAAUAGGUGGAGUCCAAAUGGGCCCUGGGCAAAUGGGCGCCGGUCAGAUGGGAAGCGGGCAAAUGGGCCAGAGUCAGAUGGGCGGCGGGCAGAUGGGCAGCGGACAGAUGCCGGGCAUGGGCGGGCAGAUGUUUGGUGGCCAGUACGGAGGUAUGCAACAAGGAUAUGGGGGCUAUGGACAACAAAUGAUGCAAGGUAGCCAACAGCAAAUGAUGAAUCAGGGCAUGGGUCAAAGUGUCAAUCAAAUGAGUCAACAAGUAAACCAAAUGGGUCAGAGUGUCAACUCUAUUGGACAAAAUGUUGGACAAAUGAGCCAGGGCGUCGGACAGGGUGGACAGAUGCCCCAGGGCAUGGGACAAAUGGGGCAAAGUAUGGGACAGAUGGGUCAGGCCAUAAGUCAGAUGGGACAAAUGGGACAAGGAGGUGGUAUGGGACAAAUGAACAGUCAGGGCUCAUCGAUGGGACCGCAAGGUGGCAAUGCCAUGGGUGGAUUCCUCGGACAACAAUCAUUCCAACACCAACAGAAUAUGAUGAGUGGGCGAGCGAGUCAAGAAGCAUUCCUAGCACAACAGAGGCAAAAUGCACGCCCGCAGUAUAUGCAAGCACCGAACGUGACAAUGGGCGGCAUGAGCGGUCCUGCGCCGCCGUACCCACGCAACAUGCAGCCGCAGCAGAGCGCGCAGUAUGGCCAGCAGUUGACGCCGCAGCUACGCAUGCGCCAGCAGGUGCUAGCUAUGCAGCAGCAGCAGCAGCAGCAGGGCCCGCUGGUGCAGCACCUGCAGCGACAGCAGUACCAGCCGCCUUACUGAACAACUACCGACGUAUAUGCUGUUUCAAAUCAAAAUCUACACUUUGUAAACAAAUAAACGUCACUUCAUGUAGAACUUAGACAUAACAGUUUAUAUUUUUGCAUUGUAGAUGUAAUUUCGUAGUAUUCUGAUAUAAAAUGGAUAGCUAAUGUAAUAAGUAAAAAUAAAACAAUUAUGAUUUUUAAUAGAUUCGUUGGCAUUUAUGAUAUUUGCCAUAGUGAGGCGUUUGAAAGUUUAAGUUCUUGAUUUGAAACAACAUAUAAUUGUCAAUAUAAGUUAUAAUUAUUUCCGCAUACGCAGUCAACUCGCGCAUGAGAUCCACGACAAUGCUGACGGAUUAUAAUUCCAUAAAAAAAUUAGUUGUUAUUAGAGUAAAAGUCUUAGCACUACCACUAAAUAUAAAACAGUCCACGAGUAUGUAUAACUGUAGGUUUUAGGGCGUUACAAUAAAAAGCCAUGUUUAAUUUUUUCACACAAAUCAUUGUCUCGAAAGGCAAGCGCAGCACGAGUCAUGGUCCAAUGAUAUUAAAUAUAAAUAUUUGUUGUGGUAACUGUCCCGUAAAUGUAUAUGUAUGACGCAUUAAAAGUGACAAAUGUAAUAUUUUAGAUGAAUUAUACACAUUUUGUAUAUAUUAUUUUCUAAUAGAAAUAAGGAAAACACUACGGCUAAAUGAAAUCAUUAAUCAAGUUAUUUAUAUAUUAUUUUAUUAUUAGAAAAAUGUUUAGGUUAUUUUAUGAAAUAUAAAUUGUGCUUUUCAAUCGCUUUUAAUUUAAUUUAUUUUUUGUUUUAAAUUCGGAUAUAAGUAAUAGCUUAGUAGCUUUAUACAAGUUACAAUUAGAUUUUUAUUCAAUUUUGAAAUUGUGCAUUUGUGUGGGGAAAAAUAGAAUUAAAAUGUGGUACAAUCU